GGAGUGGCCACCCAGCCCUGAGCCCGUCGUGAGGGGUCAGAGAUGGCGCUGACCCCUGAGUCCCCGAGCAGCUUCCCUGGGCUGGCUGCCACCCGCAGCUCUGUGCCGGAGCCACCUGGCGGCCCCAACGCAACCCUCAACAGCUCCUGGGCCAGCCCCACGGAGCCCAGCUCCCUGGAGGACCUGGUGGCCACGGGCGCCAUUGGGACUCUGCUGUCGGCCAUGGGCGUGGUGGGCGUGGUGGGCAACGCCUACACCCUGGUGGUCACCUGCCGCUCCCUGCGCGCGGUGGCCUCCAUGUACGUCUACGUGGUCAACCUGGCGCUGGCGGACCUGCUGUACCUGCUCAGCAUCCCCUUCAUCGUGGCCACCUACGUCACCAAGGAGUGGCACUUCGGGGACGUGGGCUGCCGUGUGCUCUUCAGCCUGGACUUCCUGACCAUGCACGCCAGCAUCUUCACGCUGACCGUCAUGAGCAGCGAGCGCUACGCUGCGGUGCUGCGGCCGCUGGACACCGUGCAGCGCCCCAAGGGCUACCGCAAGCUGCUGGCGCUGGGCACAUGGCUGCUGGCGCUGCUGCUGACGCUGCCCGUGAUGCUGGCCAUGCGGCUGGUGCGCCGGGGUCCCAAGAGCCUGUGCCUGCCCGCCUGGGGCCCGCGCGCCCACCGCGCCUACCUGACGCUGCUCUUCGCCACCAGCAUCGCGGGGCCCGGGCUGCUCAUCGGGCUGCUCUACGCGCGCCUGGCCCGCGCCUACCGCCGCUCGCAGCGCGCCUCCUUCAAGCGGGCCCGGCGGCCGGGGGCGCGCACGCUGCGCCUGGUGCUGGGCAUCGUGCUGCUCUUCUGGGCCUGCUUCCUGCCCUUCUGGCUGUGGCAGCUGCUCGCCCAGUACCACGAGGCCCCGCUGGCGCCGCGGACGGCGCGCAUCGUCAACUACCUGACCACCUGCCUCACCUACGGCAACAGCUGCGCCAACCCCUUCCUCUACACGCUGCUCACCAGGAACUAUCGCGACCACCUGCGCGGCCGCGUGCGGGGCCCGGGCAGCGGGGGAGGCCGGGGGCCCGUUCCCUCCCUGCAGCUCCGCGCCCGUUUCCAGCGCUAUUCGGGCCGUUCCCUGUCUUCCUGCAGCCCACAGCCCACUGAGAGCCUCGUGCUGGCCCCAGCAGCCCCGGCCCGACCUGCGCCCGAGGGUCCCAGGGCCCCGGCGUGAGCACGCGGAGCGAUGGCUGGAGUCCAGGCGGGGACGGGCCCCAAAGCCCCAGCCACUCCCGGGAGCCCCUCCACAGAGCCCCCCCAACUCCCAAGUCAC